CUGUCUCAGAAUAUUGUUUGAAUGUUGCAUUCAAAUUAAGAUUGAAUACACUCAUUUGACAAACAUUUGACCUUUAGCAAUGUUGUCAAAAUUCUGUCAUGACAGCUGCAACCUUGUUUCACGGUGUGCAGGUACUGGCAGAGUGAGCUUUGCUGCCAUGGAGGGUAAUCACAGUGGUUUGGCUGGAAGCACACAGCCGUCUGUGUCAGGAGAACAGAAAGACGGACACAUUUAUGAGGUUGCGGUGCAGAACAACUCCACCAACCGCAGCUCCCAGUUUGCAGAUGUGGCUCUGCUGCAGACGUUCAAACCCCUCAUCAUCCCCUGUUAUGUGCUCGUUGUGGUGGUGGGAGUCUUUGGGAAUUACCUGCUCCUCUAUGUCAUCUGCCGAACCCGCAAGAUGCACAAUGUCACCAACUUCUUCAUCGGAAACCUGGCCUUUUCUGACAUGCUCAUGUGUGUGACCUGCGUCCCUUUCACUCUUGCCUACGCCUUCAACCCACAUGGCUGGGUUUUUGGCCGCUUGAUGUGUUAUCUGGUGUUCCUCAUUCAACCGGUCACAGUCUAUGUUUCAGUCUUCACGCUCACUGCCAUUGCUGUGGACAGAUAUUAUGCGACAGUUCAUCCCUUAAAGAAGCGUACAACUGUGGCUACCUGUGCCUCCGUUCUCACUGGCAUCUGGCUGCUGUCAUGUGGGCUGGUUGCUCCAGCCAUCACCCACACCUACCACGUAGAGUUCAAAGAUGAAGGCUUCACCAUCUGUGAGGAAUUCUGGUUGGGUCAAGAGAAAGAAAGACGUGCUUAUGCAUACAGCACCCUGCUGGUCACGUAUGUCCUGCCACUCUCAGCUGUCUUUGUCUCUUAUCUCUGUAUCACUGUCAAACUGAGGAACUGUGUUGCACCCGGCCACAGGACACAAGACCAGGCAGGUGCUCAACAAGCUCGUAAGAGAAAGAUCUUUCGCUUGGUUGCACUCUUGGUGUCUGCCUUUGCGGUGUGUUGGCUUCCUAUUCAUGUAUUCAAUGUGCUGCGAGACAUAGACAUUCACCUCAUUAACAAGCGCUACUUUUUACUUAUCCAACUGCUGUGCCACCUGUGUGCUAUGAGCUCAUCUUGUUGUAACCCCUUCCUCUAUGCAUGGCUACACGACCGCUUCCGCACCGAAUUAUGGAAGAUGGUCAAGUGCCGUCAUCGCAUUGGAGUGCCUGCCAAUAACUGUGCCAGUGUGGUCUUGUAAUCACCUGGUGAAGAGAAUCCUUUGUCGUUAUCUUAAUGUAAAUUGCUGAUUCAUCUUGAGUACAAGAGUAAACUUUUGUGUGUCACCACACUAAUGAAGUUCAUCCUCUUUCGUGGCUAGCUAACAAUUACUUGUGUUAUGUACAAAGAUGAUUUAUUGGCCCAGGGUAACUCCUGAAGAGAACAUGAAGGUGUACAGUCUAUUUAAAGGUCUUCUCAUUAGAGUUUGAGAUAUGAAAUUAAAAAGUAUUAACUGUAGUAACACUUUCCGGGUUUUUCUGUUACCAGAAAAAGGCCAGUAUGCCUAAUCCUAUGUGAACACUCCAGGUUGAAUUUUCUGGGAAAACCAUUAGCUGUGACUGCAUGCUAGCUCAUGAGUCUCUUGCCUUCUGGGCCCAUCCAGCAACAACACGCAGUUAACAAGAUGGAAUCUGCUAUAGCCAAAAAAACAACUGGAUCCCAGCACAACACAGACUCCAACACAAACUCCAAGUAAGGAUAAAAACCACCAACAAAGUUUUAUGUGCUGGAGCCCUUCAGGCCAAACAAGAAUCAGAUCGAAGUUGGGUGAAAACACAGUCAAUAUCGGAAAGGCUUGAGUCACAGAGAGACUUCUGCUUUGUUUUGAAACCGACAAAACUGACAGAGUUUACUUUCAUCCUGUUGGACAGGUAAACUAACAUUACAGCAAAGCAUGUAAAAUAUAUUGUAAUGUUGUUCUUUAAUUGGCUCAAGUUAGAUAACGUUAGCUCAUGAGCUAAACACCGACCAAUUGCUAACAAUAUCCGGUGCAAAAUACUACAGUUGUAUGGCUUUCCACAUUACUUCACCAGCUAACGCGAUCCAUAUUACUAUCCUGAGUAUCCAGGGCCGCACAUAAGGGGGAAAAAAGGGGAAAGCAUGCUGGGGCCCAGUAAGUUGUCACACUGCUCACAACUCCAACACUAGAGGCUCUAAUCAAAUAGUCAUUUUGUGUGACUUCUUUUUCUAUGUUCAACUUCCUGUUCACAUGUGGUCAUGUGGUCACGGUCACUCUAUUCUGAGGUCAGCAUAAUUUUAUUAUUUGUUUGCUUCAAAAGUAAAACAUUUGCACUUUACAUUUUAUGUAUUCCAAACUUAUUAUGUAUGAAUGUUCAAAAUGAUAUGUCAGUUUAGGGCAAGUUGUUUCAAUGACUUUUGGGCAAGUCCAGUACAAAUAAACACAUAGAUGUUAAAAGAAAA